CGGGGACACACAGACAAGAAAAGAAAAGAAGAGAGGAAAAAAACAAAAGAGAAAGUCUUCCCUCUUAGUCCAAUGGUUCGUCUUCUACUAACUGAGAGAUAAAUCAUCUGUCUCUCUAUAACUCCUUAAUCCCCGAGAAAAACAACAACAACCUCUUUCUAUACGAAUUAGGUAAGAAGAUGGCUGCUGUUUUAAGAAAGUUAUUACUACCUUUAGCAUCAUCAUCACCGAUUCCUAAAAACGAUGAUCACCACGAUAGCAGUGACGAAGACGAUAGUAAUAGUUUUCAAAUUGAUUAUUCAUUUGCCAACGAGUACAAAGGUCCUCUUAUCGCUAAUCUCCCACGAGCUGUUCCUGUCGAACUCGAUCAGAUUCCGACCGCUCUUCCCGUUUCCUUCACUUCCUUGUCGCGUGGUGUCUCUUACCCUGUGGUCCAACCUCUCGUUAGGACUAGUAAGGUUACCAAGAAGAAGAAGAACGGUUUGGUUGAUGAUUCUGUAGCUUCUUGUCCUAGUGUGGUCUUAAAGCCGCAUCAUGUGGUUUCUGGCUCAUCCUCCUCAUCAUCAUCAGCGGCAGAAGUAAGAGAAAUUACAUUAGACUCUGAUGGUGAGGAUUGUUCCAUUGGAGGAAAUGGGAACCGUGUGAGAUUCGUUGAACCACCGAGUCAAGGAGGCGAUGAAAGCUCUUACUUUUACGAUGAGGAGAGUGUGGCUGCUGCUCCAACGCCUAGAGCCGAGAGGAGAGGUAAAAAAGGGUCGUGCUACCGAUGCCUGACGGGGAACAGGUUCACCGAGAAGGAAGUCUGCAUCGUCUGCCACGCCAAGUACUGUUUCAACUGCGUGCGUCGCGCUAUGGGUGCCAUGCCUGAAGGAAGGAAGUGCGUGACUUGCAUUGGUCUCCGUAUCGAUGAGUGCAAGAGAGUGAGUCUGGGAAAGUGUUCGAGAAUGCUGAAGCAGCUUCUCACGGGUUCAGAGCUUAAACAAGUCAUGAGUGACGAGAUGUCCUGCAGGGCGAAUCAGAUGCCUUCGCGGCUUAUCGCUGUGAAUGGGAAGCCUUUGGAUGAAGAUGAGCUUUUCAUGUUGCAGAAUUGUCCAAAUCCACCCAAGAAGCUAAAACCUGGAGACUAUUGGUAUGAUAAGGUUGCUGGAUAUUGGGGAAAGGUAGGAGAGAAACCUUGUCAGAUUAUAAGUUCUAAUAUAAAUAUAGGAAGUGGUCAUAUCAAGAAGGAAGCAAGCAAUGGUGACACUGAGAUUUGUAUUAAUGGCCGGGAAAUAAGCAAGACAGAGCUCAUGAUGCUCAAGGUGGUGGGGGUGCAAUGUGAAGGAAAGCCUCACUUUUGGGUUGAUGCAGAUGGAAGUUACCGAGAAGAAGGUCAGAACCGUCUCAUUGGUAACAUUUGGAAAAAGAAAAGAGCUAAGCUUGCGUGUGUUGUGCUCUCUCUGCCAAUUCCCCUGACUUCAUCUACUGUAGAACCCAAUGUUGAGCCCAUAUCUAAUAAGAAAAUGCUUAGCAAGCUUCUUCUGGUUGGUAACGACACCUGUGGCGCCACUACUAUUUAUAAACAAGCAAGGUCUCUCUAUGGAAUCCCAUUCUCUGAAGACGACCGUGAAAGAAUCAAAUUCAUAAUCCAAACAAAUCUCUAUGCUUAUCUGGCCAUGGUUCUUGAGGCACACAAAAGAUUUGAAGAAGAGAUGAACAAUAACCACCAAACAGAAGAUGAGAUCACUGCUAUAACUGUUAGCACAAUCAACCCAAGACUAAAACAUUUUGCAGAUUGGCUUCUGAAAGAAAAGGAAGACGGAAACCUCAAGAUAUUUCCAGCAUCAAGCCGGGAGAAUGCGCAAACAGUUGCAGAUCUAUGGAGAGUACCAGCCAUUCAAGACACUUACAAGCUACUUCGUGAUACACUUCCAAGAAACGCUGUUUAUUUUCUUGAACGAAUUCUUGAGGUCUCGAGAUCAGAAUACGAACCUUCUGAUAUGGACAUAUUGCAAGCGGAAGGACUCUCGUCUAUGGAAGGACUUUCUUGUGUGGAGUUCUCAUUGCCAUCAGCCACUCAAGAAGUCUCUCUUGAUACAGAUGAUCAACAUGAUCCAAACAUGAAGUACCAACUGAUCCGGCUAAAUCCGAGAAGACUUGGAGAAAAUUGGAAAUGGCUAGAAAUGUUUGAAGAUGCUGACUUGGUGAUAUUCUGCGUCUCGCUAACAGAUUAUGGAGAGUACAUACAAGACUGUGACGGCGUUCUUGUGAACAAAAUGAUUGCAAACAAACAGCUCUUCGAGAGAACGGUGACUCACCCAAGCCUAGCUAACAAAAGGUUCCUACUAGUUCUAACCAAAUUUGAUCUCUUACAAGACAAAAUCGAGGAGGUUCCUCUAAAAACAUGCGAGUGGUUCAAAGACUUCAACCCGUUGAUCAGUCAGAACCAGACGAGCAGACACAACCCUCCGAUGGCUCAGCGUGCUUUCCAUUACGUUGGGUUUCAGUUCAAGAGGCUGUAUGAGUCACUGGUGGGACCCUUGUCGAUGCGUGGAAGGACGUUUAGACCGAAGCUGUUUGUUUCCCAAGUGAGCUUGGAGAGCGAUAGUGUAGACAGUGCACUGAAGUACGCGAGAGAGAUUCUCAAGUGGCAUGUUGAAGAAACGUCCAUGAUCCAAGAAACGUCAACUACUAGCAUCGAUGCCAGCUUAUCCUCUUGAUUCUUUUCAUAUUGUGAAAGUUUGUAUGUAUGAUUUGUGUGUACAAUAGUUAAUCUUCAAGAGUAGGAGAAGAAAUAUACAUGUACAUUUUUUUCUGAAGAAAAAAAGAGAAAUAAAGGGAUUACAGUUGAAGUUUCAGUC